UUGUUUAUUCAUUGUUUAUUCAUUUAUACCUCUUCAAUGGCAUCCUACUUGGGAACUCAAGUUUCCACAGUGGUUUUGGGUAUUCUGUUCAUCCUACCUGGAAUUGUCAAGACAGUAAGACUAAACACUACUCUAUACCGUGAGAUGAUUAUUCAUUUACACCUGGAGGCCUUUUCGGAAUCUGGAAAUAUGGCUGUGUUCCUGCAGGAGCUUAAUCGACACUUUCCGGCGGACAGCACAGAUCCUGUAACUCGGCAGUACCGUUUGAAAUUCGCUCAGCUGCUCAUGUCCAAGACCAGAACACAGCGCUAUCUGGAUGAGCGGUGGCUACCUCACAGGUCCAGCACACUUUCUGAUCUGACAGACCUUGCUUGGAAAGUUGCGCAACAAUUUCCGGACGUACUAUUAGAUAAGAUUGGAACAAGUGAGUGGAGUGAUGUGGACGUUAUCCUUCGACAUCUGAAUACGGCAAUGUCUUUGUGCCUGCGUGAAUACUUUCGGGACCGUUCUGAGUGCACUGAGCAAGAUAUUCUGGAAUUUGCGCAUUUUGCUGACACCCAAUCCCUGCCUUCCCAAUUAUUUUAAACCACAAGCUCAAACACCGCAUUUCUAUGUUCCCUAUGAGUCAUUUUCAAAUUCACAAGAUAUAGAUGAAACUUUUUACCUUUUCUUAUUUUCUCUUCGGUUAUUUAGGUGGGGUCGUCAUUUUGUACAUGUACCUUGUUAUAUUCCGAUCAUUACAGUAAUGAUGACAGACUAUCUUGCCUUCAGGUAGGAACGAUUUAUGUUCUAAAAACAACUGCUUCAAUAUUCACCGCUCCUAAUUCCAAUGUGAUCUACGUGGAGAGUGUACAGUUUUCACUUUUCACUCCAUGCGCCCAUGUCGAUGUGUCUAACGAUAACAUGAACCCCUUUUUAACUUAAUUUUGGAUUGGUUGAGGGAAUGUACAGAUCUCAUCCUUAAAAUCACAAUUACCGGAUGCAUCGCCUUGAUUGAUAGAUUCAUAAUUUU